AUGAAGCUUUCUGCUCUGCUGCCUGUGUUCUUGCUGCUCUGCUCUGAAAGCAGAGGUUCUGAGGCGUCUCAUCCCAAACCAGCUUGUCGUUAUCCUCCAUCUCAGUGGUGUCGAUCACUGGAGAUUGCAAUCGAGUGUAAGGUUCAGAAGCAGUGUAUGGAGUUGAACGCCACCCGACCAAACCGGGCUGUACCUCCAGUAUCUGUCUCUCUGUACUAUGAGACCUUGUGCCCAGCCUGCAGACUCUUCAUCACCCAGCAGCUGUUCCCCACCUGGACGAUGCUGAAGGACAUCAUGGCCGUCACACUCGUGCCCUACGGGAACGCUAAGGAGGUUGGGUCAGGAAACUCCCCUUUCACCUGUCAGCAUGGCGAGCCCGAAUGCAAAGGAAACCUUAUUGAGGCCUGUAUCAUCCACAUAACAAGACACUCAGCACUUCAGAUCAUCAGCUGCAUGGAGUCGGCUGCAAAUGUUCUCAAUGCUGCACAGCCUUGCCUGCAGCUCUACGCUCCCUCUGUCUCCUGGGCGAGCGUCGACUCCUGUGUGAAAACCGGACUGGGAAACAAGUUGAUGCACGACAACGCCGCCAUGACCAGAACUCUGAACCCACCUCACACUCACGUCCCCUGGGUCACCUUCAACGGGGAAUACACGGAGGAGAACGAGGACAUGGCCAUGUCGUCCCUUUUCAAAUUGGUUUGUCAACUUUACAAGGGAGUGAAGCCUCCAGUCUGCACUGGAGCCCCGGUCAGACUGAACAGAAGCUACUGCUAA